AUGGUGCACACAGAAAUAGAAGAGGAGACCACUGAGGAAGAGCCCAUAGACGAGUUCCAGGAGCGGCUGAUCUUGUUCGUGGCCCUGUUCACGGCCGUGUCUCUGAUCGGCGCCACCGUGAUGGGAGUGGUACAGCUGCUGAAGCUCGAAGAGCGGCGGCCUGGUGGUCACCCGCUGCCGCCGCAGGAGAACGGCACGACGGACGCGUCCGACUGGAGCGUGGCGGCUGCUGCGUCUCCAUGGCGACCAGUCCACUACGACCUGCUGCUGCACCCGCGCAUCGAGGACCGGACGUACGACGGGUACGUGCACGCCGUCUUCGAGAUCCAGCACAACGCACGAAAGAUCGUGCUCGACUGCAGCCGGAAGCUGCAAAUUAUGAAGACAGUGCUCCGCUGGAAGUCGUUUCCCGUGCGCGUCACACGCGUUCUCCGAGACGGCAGCAAGAUCGUCAUCGACACGACUCACCUUCUCAGGCAGGGUCGCACGUACAACCUCACCGUGCAGUUCCAGGGCCGAUUCGGCCAGGAAUCCGGUCUGGUCAUGAAGCGAGACGGCAGUGAAGUUGUCUUGCUCAUGUUACCCUGGAAGCUGGACGCCCACGUGAGCUUUCCGUGCUUCAAAGAUCCCGGAUGGAAGACGACCUUCGACGUGCGCCUGCUAACCGACGAACACUUACGCACCUCCUCAACGGCCCGCGUAAUGAACAUCUCGACACAAAGCAACGGCACCGUAGUGCACGUCUUCCACAGAACGGAGCCCAUGUCCGCUUACCAGCUGUCCGCCAUCUUCACGAAUUUCACCAUGCUCUCCCACGAGAGGCUCAACUUUUGGACGACCGCUGCCUUCGCGCCUUACCGGGCCACCAUGCUGAGGAUCAUCGGGCAGGCAGUGGACCUGCUCGAGGAGCUUGUGGGCGCGUGGAGCAACACGUCGCAGGUGCUCGACCUGGUGGUGGUGCCCGACUUGCCAAAAGCGGCCCUGUCCGGAGCCGGUUUCGUCGGAAUCCGGCAAGGAGAGCUCUCCCGCUUGCCCGUCUGGCAGCGCAGCAACUGGGUCGUACCGGUCAUCCAACACAUCGUCCUUCAGUUUUUCGUCUCGUAUGCCACGCCUCGUGCCCUGAAGGACAUAUGGGUUGCCGAGUCCCUGGCGUACCCGUUCCAGCGCCAGAUUAUUGAACACGUGGGCCUCGGCGAGUACCUGGACCAGUGGCGGCUUCUGGCACGCAGCCGGGCCAUGGACAACGACGACAACGGCGUGAAUAGCAGCUCUGAGCGCACCACGCUGAUCUUCUCGAUGCUUGCCGACCUGUGCCCCGUGACGAUAGGCUCUGGCAUCAGGCGCUACAUGAAGGAGAACGAGUUAGGGGUGGCGGACGGCGCGAUCCUCUGGCGGACUCUGGACGUUUCAGGGCUGCUGUCUCGCAACAUGGACACGUGGACCGACUACGGAGGUUACCCCGUGCUUAGCGUGCUCCGGGUGGACGACGCCCGCGGACCCGGGCUUAUCCUGAAGCAGGGUUGGCACUGCUUCGACGACGUGGAAUGCAACGAGACGCUCGUGUGGGCGGUGCCGUUCGUGCUGGAGGUGCAGGGAGCCGUCCGAGUGCCAGAAAAGGGCGCCCUCUGGUUCAGAGGAAACAUCCAGCGCAACAAGUGA